GGUUUCUUUCUCUUUUCUUCUGCAGCUUUCAAGUUCGGAGCUGCUUACACCAAAACAGAGCUCGCAGCGAUGGAGACCGAUACGACGGCGUUUCAAAUCGACCUGGGUAAUCUCAUGGCUGUGGACCUUCAUCAUCAAUUUCCCUCCAACCCUUCUUCCAGGGAGGAAUUGGUGAAGGAAUAUAUUGCAAGAGGAACUGAGUUAGUUCAAGCUAUUGCGAAUAAUCUUUUUAAUUUGCCUUCGACUGAAGACAUUGAGGGUACCCUCGUGAAGUUGCCUGCUCCAACAACUAGAUUGCCCAGAGAGAAGCAUAUUCCAAAGCCUAAACCUCCUACAAAAUGGGAACAGUUUGCCCAGAAGAAAGGUAUAAAGAACCGUAAGAAAGACAAGAUUGCAUAUGAUGAGUCCAGUGAAACUUGGAAACGUCGCUAUGGAUAUGAUCAUGCAAAUGAUGAGGAUAAUGUGCCUAUCAUUGAGGCAAAGUUGACUGAUGUUCCAGGGGAGGAUCCCUUUGCUAAAAGACGAGAAGAUAAAAAGAAACGUGUUGAGAAGCAAGACAAAAACAGGUUGCAGAACUUGAAGCAAGCUGCUAAAGUUGGUGCUUUGCCAAGUCAUGUUCAACUAGCUGCGACAAGGUUGCCUAUAACAGGAACCCAGGCCGCAACCCAAAAGGUUACUAAAGAUGAACUUGGUGAUGUAGCUGGAAUUGCAGCAACUGCAACAGCCAGUGGUGGAAAAUUUGACAAGAAGUUACCAGGUGAAAAACCUGGUAAACAUAAAGGAAAGUAUCGCAAGUUUUUACCAGUUAUAGGAGGAAAAGGGAUACACACGCAAGAGCAGGAGCAAACCGAUAAAAUUCUGAACAAGCUAAUCUCUAAGAACUCCCAUGAGAUGCUCAAUGUUAACAAGGCUGUUAACAUGUAUAAUGUGAAGAAAGAUAAGAAGCGAAACAACAGACCAGAUAAGUCUUCAGGAACCCCUGGCCAGUUGAAACCAAGGAAGAACCUUCAGAAGAAGCCAUUUAACAAGGGCUCUUCAAAGUCAUUUGACAAGGGAUCUAAAAAGCCAUUUGACAAGGGAUCUAAAAGGCCAUUUAACAAGGGAUCUUCAAACAAAGGCAGAAAAUGAAAUUCUUAGCCAUGACAGUGAUAACCUGUGGAAGUUUUGAAGGAGAUUCGACUAGUUCAAUUACUGUUGUGUAUCAAAGAUUAUUAUGUAAGACUUUUGUUUUGCUGGAGAAAGCAUUUCUACUCUACUCUUGCUAGCCCUAAUCGUCUCAUGUAGCCAACUAUUCCGACGUCAUUGAUUUUGACCUGUUGUAUAGCUGGUGCUAUUUUACCUA